AUACCUUUGUUCUUAUCCCAUUAUAGGCCGUCUACAUGUCCACAACAGUACCGCAGAAUAUAAAAGGUAGUAAAAUCGCCGGACGCCACACUCCAACAAGAAAUAGUUUAAGGCACAGUCGCAUGCUAGUUGUAAAUAACAAAUCAUAUCCAGCUUCUCAGCAUCCAAAUCCAUUGAAUUUUAAAUAUCCGAAUCUUGCCCGCUGGUUGCUCAUACUGGAAAUAUUAGUUGGUCUACUAAUAUCAUUCUUAGCAAUAUGGAUAUUCUGCUUGGCACCCAAUACGGCCAUACAAUAUAAUCCCUACUGGAGCGGCUUGGUGCUCCUGCUUGCUGGCAUUCUUGGACUUGUGCUUGUACGCUAUCAGCGUAUAAAACGCCACAAAGUGCGCGAGAAUUGUUUUAAAUUUUUACGCACCGAUUCAUAUUUGCUAGCGCUCUUGGCCGUCUUGCUUUGCUGUGUGGCAUUCUUUUGUGCUGCCCUACAUUACGCGCGCCUUUGUGCCAGCGAUACACACUGCGCGCCCACAAACAUUCUGUUGGAGCAAGGAUCCUGCACGUGCACCUUUAACGUGAAUGAGGAAGUAACGCUGCCAACGCCAGCCAAUGACAGUGCGUCACAGGUGGCGAAUGGCUUGCUGGACGAAGAAGUGAUGCCGGAAAAUUUCAGUGACCAAAGCUAUAAAGUGGAAUAUCGGGACCUAAGCUGCAAGGAAGUGAGCGGCGAAUGGAUAACAAUUCUCAUUAUGUCUACUGCGCUCAAUGCAAUCGGUUUUUUGCUUGCGCUCGCCUAUGCUGUGCUGCUCGUUUGCUGGCGCCACACCGCCAAACGUCCAUUCUAUACAUCCGUCCAGACCACCAGUACCUUUUAGCUAAACAAAUGCCGCGUUCAAAUACAAGUAUACAAAAAUAUAUAUACACACCCACACACGCACAUACAUACCUGUAGUAUUUUUAAUCAUAGACAUUUAUCAAACAUGCUUGCAAUGCAUACAUAUUUAUAUGUACAUAAAUAUGCAACUUUUAGUUAUCUGAUUUCUUUGUUUAUAGAAGCGAAAUAAUUAUGUAUAAAUACAUACAUACAUAUGCAUGUAUGUAUGUACAUAGGACGGUGGCGAUUUGUACUUAAAUCACUUUUG